CAAAAGCUCCCCCAUAAAAACGGCAGAGACACAUGCAAUUAUCUGUGUCCUUUUUAACAGCCAAUCUCCUAUAUUCUCUCCGUCUCUCUCCAAACCUCCACGCGCCCGCCGUCACAACCACCGCCACCAUGUCCGCUCCGACGAUCCCGAUCUCAAACCCGCAAACACAACAGCAGUCUCAACCACCAAUAGCGACACCAGCAUUCCGCGCAUUCAUCUCACGUCUCUCCUCAUCAAUCCGUCAGGGAUUUUCUCAACGCCGACCAUGGUACGAACUAAUAGACCGAACCGCGAUGACCCGACCUGACUCAUUAUCCGAAGCCGUGUCAAGGAUCCGUAAAAACGCGACUUACUUUAAAGUAAAUUACAUAACGUUACUCGCAAUUGUUCUCGCGUUUUCGUUAUUAUCUCAUCCUUUCUCUCUCCUGCUUCUGAUAUUUCUUCUCGGAGGUUGGUUCUUUCUAUAUCUGUUUCGACCAUCGGAUCAGCCUUUGGUGAUUCUUGGUAGAACUUUCUCUGACCGCGAAACGCUUGGUGCCUUGGUCGUUUUGACCAUCGUUGUUGUGUUUUUGACUAGCGUUGGUUCGCUUUUGAUCUCUGCUUUGAUGAUUGGAAUAGCUAUUGUUUGUGCACAUGGUGCGUUUAGGGUUCCUGAAGAUCUCUUUUUGGAUGAUCAAGAACCCGUCAAUUCCGGAUUUCUCUCCUUCCUCGGCGGCGCUGCCUCCUCGGCUGCCGCCGCCGCUGCUCCGGCUGUUGCUUCUCGUGUUUGAUCUGGUGUACGUUUAAAGAUUCAAUUAUUUUUGUUUUACACUUUUGUAGAUUUAACCUAAAGAUUCGAUGAUCUCAUUAUUGAAUGAUAUGGAAGUGUAAUUUUGGAUUUGAUAUUCGUAAUCUUGAUAUUGCUUUUA